AUGACCGGAGAUUACAACCCUUCAAGCACGGGUUUUGACGAAAGAGUGGUUAAAAGAAUUGCAGGUUUGACCCAAAUAAUAAAUGUUAAGACAAGAGGCAAUGCUAUAUUGGUUUGGUGCCUAACUAACGCGAAGAAAUCCUUCUUUCAACAGGUACAACUCCCUCAACUUGGAACUAGCGAUCAUAACACCAUUCUUAUCAAGACACGUAUCCCCAGGCCUCAGAAACCAGAUAAUAGACCUAUUUCGAAAAGAGACCUCAGAUAUAGUAGCUUACGAAGAUUUGGCCAAUGGAUUUCCUCUUACGAUUGGUCACCCGUUCUACACGUUCAUGACUGUGAUCUAAAAUUCCACAAAUUUCAUGACAUUAUAGAGAACAUGGUGGAUAAGUUCUUGCCUAUUACACGUACGAAA